AAUGUUUGUUCUUUGUUGUGACAUUCCCAAAAUUAUUUGUGCUAAUCUAAAGGAAAUUUGUGUUAACUAUUUAAUAAUUUUUGUUUAUUUAUGUCGUAGUGGAAGAUAAUUUUUGAUUCAUGCCAAUUGUGAGUGAAUGUUAUAUAUUAAACGAAGAAUGCCGUUAUCAAACCUUUUGAAAUACACUGUAAACUAAUACGUGUUUGUAAACGCUAUUAACAUGUCUGAUACAACACCUUUUUACGUUGACCGAGCAAAAGGGGGCCGAGCUUCAUGUAAAGGUUGCAAAGGGAACUGUCCCAGUGGAGAAUUACGUCUGGCAAAAUUAGUUUUUAGUCCAUAUGGAGAAAAUCAACAAAUGAAAUCAUGGCAUCACUUAGAUUGUCUAAUGAAUGUUUUGUUAAAACAACGACCAACAACCAAACGUAUCGAUUCAAUAGAUGAUAUUGGAAACUGGGAAAAUAUUUCUAAGGAAGAUCAGGAAUUUAUAUUGAAAAAAAUCAAUGAAAUGGAGCAACUAUAUGCUGAAAAAAAUAGUGGAAAAUAUACUGCGAAAGUGUUAAAAAAUGAAUCGUCGCCGAAAAUAGAUAUUACAAAAACCAGUGAUAUAGAUACGAAAAAAGACACUGAUGUCGAGGACGAUAAAUUCUCCACAUUCUUUUCAUUGUGCCAAAAAAUAUCUAAAGUUGAUGCCUAUACAGAAAAAACUGCAGUAAUUAAUAAUUUCUUCACUAAAGGAUGCGACGGGAAAAAGUUUCAAGGAAAUAUUAAAUUAUGGUGUAAACUACUCCUGCCUCAAGUUUCUAAACGUGUCUAUAAUUUAAAAAGUAAACAAUUAGUAAAACUUUUUUCGAGGAUAUUUAGCACAGACCAUGAUGAUAUGUUAACACAUUUAGAACAAGGUGAUGUGGCAGAUACUAUUCAACAUUUCUUUACAAAAUCAAACGCCUUAAAACCCUCUACAGAUAGUGUACUAUCGAUUCAGAAUGUUGAUGAUUUUCUCCAAGAACUUUCAAAAUUUACAAAAGAAGAUGAACAAAUAUAUCAUUUCAAGAAAUUUGUUAAAAAGUGUACUGUAAAUGAUAUAAAAAUGCUAAUAAGACUAAUCAAAGGUGAUUUAAGAAUUAACGCUGGGCCAAAACAUAUUCUAGAAGGUGUGCAUCCAGAUGCUUAUAAUAUUUUUCGAACUUCUCGUGAUCUUGACAUGGUACUUAAUAGAGUAUUACCCCAAACUAAUGAUGUAAAACAUAAAGAUGCUUUCCAAAAAAAUGUUCAAGCCAAAUUGACCCUUAUGACUCCUGUUUUACCAAUGUUAGCUGAGGCUUGUAAGUCGGUCGAAAUGGCUAUGAAGAAAUGUCCCAAUGGCAUGUUUUCCGAGAUUAAAUAUGAUGGAGAGAGAGUCCAAGUUCAUAAAAAGGGAAAUGAAUUUAAAUAUUUUUCUCGUGCUCUAAAACCUGUGAUGGCCCAUAAAGUCAGUCACUUUAAAGAUUAUCUCCCUCAAGCUUUUCCAAAAGGAGAUGAUUUAAUUUUGGACGCAGAAGUUUUAAUGGUAGAUGUGAAGACCGGUAAACCAUUACCAUUUGGUACUUUGGGAAUACACAAGCAAUCUGAAUUUAAAGAUGCCCAAGUUUGCCUUUAUAUUUUUGAUUGCCUAUAUUAUAAUGGUGAAAUUUUAAUGGACAAGCCUAUCAGAAAACGACGAAAAUUACUGCAUGAUAUUAUGGUUGAAGUUAAAAAUCACGUUAUGUUUUCUGAGCAAGAAUUAAUCAAUAAGCCUGCUGAUUUAGCAAAUAUGAUUGCAAAAGUACUACAAUUGGGUUUAGAAGGGCUUGUAUUAAAGGAUCUGGAAUCAAUUUAUGAACCUGGCAAGAGACAUUGGUUAAAAGUAAAGAAAGACUAUUUGUUUGAUGGGGCAAUGGCAGACUCAGCAGAUCUUGUGGUACUUGGAGCUUGGUUUGGUACCGGAAAAAAGGGAGGUAUGAUGUCUGUUUUUCUAAUGGGUUGUUUGGACAAACAUCGCAAUAAGUGGGUCACUGUGACUAAAGUUCAUACAGGACAUGAUGAUAGUACUUUGGAAAGAUUACAAAAAGAGCUUAAUCCUCUAAUGGUAAAGAUAUCACAGGAUUAUUCGAGGGUGCCGUCAUGGUUGGACUGUAAUAAGGGCAUGGUACCAGAUUUCGUGGCAUUAGAUCCCCAAAAACAACCUGUUUGGGAAAUUACAGGUACUGAAUUAACAAAGGCGAAUUUACAUACAGCUGAUGGAAUAUCAGUUAGAUUUCCUAGAGUAACAAGAAUACGUGAUGACAAAAAUUGGGAAUCGGCAACUAAUUUGGAAGAAUUAAAACAUUUAUACAAAACAUCUAAAGAGAAAACGGAUGUCUCACUCUUAAAUAAAUUAGCAGCUACUGCAAGUGAUAACUACGAACCACCGCCUAAGAAAUUAAAGAAAACACCAAUAAAAAAAGAAAUUAAAGCUGUGAAAGCCGAGAAAAGCCCUAUCAAAACUGGGAUAUUAAAUAAAUUCUUUACGAAAUUUUCAACUGUAACAAGUAAAAUAGAAAAAGAACCAAACUCGGAAGAUAAGAAAAUAAUAAAACAGGAGGAUUUCGAUAAUAAUUCGGAAUAUCUUAAUGAUACAUACAAAAAUCAAGAUAUUAAAAAAGAGAAAACCCAUCAGCAGACAUUACCCGAAGAUCCUUUACCCGACGUUUUUAUAAAUAAAAGAAUAGGUUUUUAUCCUGAUUUUAUAAGUAUACCGGAAAAAGAGCGAAGAUAUUUUGAAAGACAUUGGAUAGCAUAUGGAGGUACUGUGGUUAAAGCGAUCAAAGCAAUGGACGUAGACUACGUUGUUCAUAAUAAUGAUACGAUCGAUUUCAAGAAAAUGACAAAAUUAAAGAAUAAGUUACCCACCGGCGUUAGACAUGUAACCAAAAGUUGGUUGAUAAAAUGUAUCAAUAAUGUAGAGCUUUGUGAAACAAUAAAUUAUACUGUGUUAGUUGAACCUUAACAAUAUAUGUAUUUUUUAAAUGUCAAGCUAUUGUUUAAAAAAAAACGCGUUUUAGAUUCUUGGAUUGCUUUGCGUAUGGAUCUUUUCAUAUACCAAUUUAUACAAUUCUGACUGGAAUUUUUUUUAAAACUGAUUUUCAAUUUUGAUUUGUGAAGUAAAGUUUGUACAGUGUGUUCUAUUAUAUAAGUUACAAUUUUAUUUUUCUUAAAAAUUGUAGUUUCAUCAGCCUGUCAAAAAUUGUAGUAGAUAUUAAAAUGUUUAAUAUUCUUUUUAUUUAAUAUUACGAUGGUAAAAUCUCGAAUAAAUUAGAAUUAAUUCAAAUCAAAAUAUAAUCAUGGCACAUGGUGAGUACCGUGUGUCAUGAUUAUAUUACAGUAUGAAAUGAUGUGAGUGAGAAUAUUAUUUUAAUUUUCUGAAUGUGUUAGUUUCGGAUGAUGAUUGCGGAAAAACGGGUUUUUUGACACGAACUGAUGGGAGGUAUAUGUCUCGCAGUGCGUAAGGUACUAACAAUUGUGAAAAUAAAUGAACUAUUUGUUAUGUUUAGUGUUGUUAUUUAACAAUAUAAUUAAGAUACCAUUAGAAGGUACUAAUAGUACUAAAUUUUCAAAGAAAAAAAUUUCUUAACAUUGUGUUUUGUAAAUAUAUGCUUGUUACAUUGC